CACGUGGGGACCAAGGGCAAGAUGGUGGGAUGACUGCUUGCCAACUGUACAGGCUGUUUGAGGAUAGCACAAAGAAGAUUCUCGUAAUUGAUGUAAGAUCAAGUGAGCAAUACAAGUUUUCACGUAUACAGAAUGCACAGGUCAUCAACGUUCCUGAAGAAGUUAUCAAGCCUGGAACCACCGUAACUGUGAUUGCUAAAGGCCUGUCAUCUGAUGUCAAGGAGACCUGGAACAUGCGAGGUAGCGUUGACUGUAUUGUGAUUCUUGAUUGGAACAGUACAGCCAGAGACCUGACGAAGGGUUCAACUUUGGCAAGCUUAAAAGACGCUCUUACCAAGUGGGACUCAACAGUGACCUUGAAACUGGAGCCUCUCGUGUUGGAUGGAGGAUAUGAAGCUUGGUUGUUACGAUAUCCAAUGUUAACAACAAAUCCUCAUGUGACCAGACCACCUGUUGACAGUUCUUCAUCAGCAAGUUUGAGCUUGUUGGAUUUUGACUACCCAUCACUGGAAGAUGAUCAGCCUAAUCACAGUGUUAAACCAAAGGGACCAGUAGUGAAGCCAUCCAUUUCUAGUGGCAGUAACGAGCAGACAACACUGCCCAGCAAUGCUAUGAACUCUGAAACCAUUUCUGUAAUAACCCCUACUACUGUCCAUUCUCCCAAAAGUAUCCCUACUGUCAACAGAUCCGUCAAGCCCAAACAACUUCAGGAAAACUUAUCUUCUCCAAAUAAAUCUCCCAGUUCGGUGGCCAGAACACAUGGUCCUUCGGCAAGUUCAUUGGCUGGGGGUAACACCAAGGGUGCAACAGCUCAAGUUUCCUCUAGUUCACUUAGUGUGUCAGAUAAAAAUAAAGAAUCCUCCAGUUCAAAUAAUGUUCUGUCUGUAGUCCCAAGUACUGAAUCUUCUCAGGUGACAAUCACAAAACCUAUGAUCCCUAAUCGAUCACUGAAGCCAUUAGUACAAGACAGUAACUCAGUUACAGCUAAAGAAAAUGGAAAAACAAAGGCAGCAGUUUGUGACAGUCUUAAGGAUGAUGAUGAGGAAGAAAUCCAAAAUCAGAUGAAAGGAGUUGGACGGGUAAACAAAGCAAAGAAAGAGGAUACACAGACAUAUGCAAAAGAAGGGAAGGGAGCAGAAGGUGUAAGAGAGUUAACAAGAAUGCAAAAGGAACAUCAAAUCCAAGAGCAACAGGCUUUGUUGGAGCUUGAGAAAAUGAGACAGGAAAAGAUGAAAAUGGAAAACAACCAACUUCGCCUUGAAAAAGCUCAGAUGGAAAAGCAGCUGGAAGAAAAGGUAUCAGCGCUAAAACGCAUGCAGGAGCAGCUGGAAGAACAAGACAAAGCAACUCAAGCUGAAGAUGAACAGCAACAGUUGACAACAGAAGGAAAAAAGACUGAAAGUGAUAAAGAGUUAAAUUCACAAACCCAUCUCAUUGGUGCAAGCAUACACCGAGAUGUCAAAAUUCAGGAUGAAGGUGUAGCUAAACUAGUAAAAGAAACUUCAAGUUCUCCAGCUAAAGGAGGUUCAAAGCCACAAUUACAAGGGGAGGUGGGCACCUCCAAAAUACCACAAGCAGAUGCCGGAAAGCCAGCUCAACCAACUGACCAGAGAUCCAUCCCGUCUAUGUCAAUCACUUCUGUAACACCAGCCCCAACCGUUUCCAGCUCCAUGCAGAAUGCUAAGCUGGCAUCAGGUACUGCUUUAACAUUACCUGUUGGCUGGGAGAAGAAGCUUCACCCUGCCAGCAACAAAUAUUACUACAUUGAUCACAACACAGAGACUACUCACUGGAGUCCUCCUGCUAUGGGAUCAGGGGGAGCAGCAUCUACAACCACAGCUGCUGUAUCAUCAACACGGCCUAGUUCAACAGUUUCUUCUGCCAAAAGGCCUGAGACUAAAGAUUCAGGAUCUCCUGCAAAACAGACAACUUUAUCUUCCACCACCAAGACUCACUUGAAAUCAGACAACUCAGGAACGCCUCAAUCCAGCUUGAAAAGAUCGUUUUCAUCACCUAACAUUGCACAGAUGGUCAUCAAUGAGGAGAAUGGAAUUCAUAUUCCCACUGUUAAUAGAGCUAACAAGCCAGUACAAAGGAUGCCAUCUUCCUCAGUUGUACAGUCACCACCCCCCCAAAAACCAUUGGCAGUCACUCGAGCCCGCAACCUUAAUCCUGUGUAUGGUAGUCAAGGACGGUCACUUACUGGACUACGUAACCUUGGAAACACAUGCUUCAUGAACUCAGUUGUCCAAUGUUUAAGCAAUUCAACACCACUAACUCAUUACUUCAUCACUGACAAGUAUGUUCCAGACAUCAAUAGGCAAAACCCUCUUGGUCGUGGGGGUAAUGUAGCACAAGAGUUUGCUGUUGUCAUCAAGGCUAUUUGGUCUGGUCAAUACCGCUCCAUCUCACCUUUAGACCUUCGGGACACUGUUACCAAAUAUGUUCCUGAGUUUCGUAAGAACAUUGGUCACCACCAUGACUCACAGGAGUUUCUCUUAUUUCUACUGGAUGGAUUACAUGAAGAUCUCAAUCAGGUUUGGAAGCCUUUCAUACUCAAAGCAUUAUUGUAUGAUCAGAAAUUACAAUGACUCAAAAUUUAAAACCUGCAUUUUCUCCUGAAACCACUCAAAGGUAUCCGCCUGAAUUUCAGGAAAAGUGAAGCUCAACUGAUGCAAGAAGACUGCAUAAAAAGAUGUGUUCUGAGUUGAGGUGUGAAAAAUGAAACAUUUUCCAUGUCUGUGAUAUCAGUUGGCAAACAGUUCUUAAGCUGAGGUACAACAUUUGAAAAGGCUUCUACACUGCUAUAUGAUCUUAACCACUUCCUGCCGGGGACUCC